AUGCCUGACCUAGCUGACCUCUGUGAUGCUGUGAGCUGUAGCCAAACACGCGUAAUUGUCCAUGACACUGGAUCUGAAGAACUGGACGCAUUCUCCUCCGCCAACGGAGGUUGGAUAUCGAAGGUCCCUUAAACCACUUCCAAGUCAUGAUGGACUCCUUUGAGCGCUUCCGAGAAUGCAGCCGAUGAUGUGACGGAGUACGACCCUGCUGAACGUCAAAUUAAAUAUCUAAUGACUGGGAGAGGUCGUUGUAGGCCAGAACUGGCAUAUUUGCAAAGCGAUGACGGACGCUAAUCGUGCUAAUGACUUUUUGCCGGCACACCGUGUAGUACGAUCGUCCGCCACGCGGACUCAUAAUGGCCGGAAACGUUUUCAGCUACGAAAUCAACAAAGUAGACGUCGGAAUCCAUGAAUGUGUCGCAUUGUGGAUAUCUGCACGUUGCGUUAAUGUUCAACUCAUAACCUGCUUUGGUCAGUUAACCGCGCACUGAUAUCACCUGAGAAUGUCAGUGGAGGCGAUCUUUCCAGUAUUGUCGGUUAGACCUAUACCGAAGUUGCUCUCGCACUUUUUCCUCCCCCCCUUUCUGAAAACACACACAAAGGGGUGACAAAGUCCCAGUCAUCGGGAAAGGGCGUGGUUAACCACCUUACGGGCCAGGCCACCGAUGUUGGCAAGGGACUUAUAAAUUUUAGUGUGGAUACCUUACCCACCGGGCGCCGUGUUUCGCGACCUCGGUAAUGUAUUGGCGAUAUCUUUCCGAAGAGGGUGGUCACUUGACAUUUCGUAAACUUGAGGCAGAUACAAUUAUGCCGCAGAAGAGUGAUGGGGUAGUGGGUUAACCAUCGAAGUUGAGGUACUCGAAGGGCUCACUCCAACGCUCUGCCUUUGCCGAGUUGUCGGCAAUAAGGCCUUCACUCACCUGGCGAACAGAGUCUGCGCAGAGGACGCACUGCCAAAUUGGCAAAUAAUUCGGUUGACUUUUGCGUGUCGCCAACGUCUGAGCCUUGUUCCACAGAAAUGGCUGUUUCUGUCCAAUAAUUUUCGACUCUGCCGUCAUUUUCCGAAGUUGGCCGAAGGGAUCUUCGUUUGCGGACCUAGUUCGAGCUGUAUAGACUGGCAAUCAUAAGAUCCUUGAGGUUAUUCAGCCACGGCGGCGCCGUGGUUCAAAUCCGAAGAUUUUCAUUCGAUUUACUAACUGGAAACUUCAAUAAUAGCCAUUUGUUGCAGCCCCCUCCUUCGACUCUUGUCCCAAAACGAGGCCAGAUUUCCAUUUUCGGGCCGUUGGCUGUGCUGGUUGUUGUACAUUUUGGGUAUCGAGGCUUCUCACACGCGACAAUGUAGGGGUGGCUGAGAGGAGUACUCUCGAGCGUGUGCGAGUGAUCACAUGCUCAGGCCCAUAGGUGUUGCUAGUUUCAGCACCACACACCAAUCUGAAAAUUGGCCCAGCUAGAUGAUUUCGUUGCAGAAUUCUGCCGAUGAAUGGGCCGAAUGCUACUUCAGUUAUUUUGGUUCCCGUCUUAAACUUUGUGGUCCGGACACUCGCCAAAGACAUCGCAGCUUGGGCCCUGACGCUACGUUCUUACAAAGGUAUGUACCUCUGUGUAAGUAAAUGCUCUGCGAGGAUGUAUUUUCAGAAUAUUCCGCAGAAAUAUGCUGCACUCGGCUUCGACUGCGCUACCGACUUUCACAGUCUUCUUGUUUGGCUAUGCACUAGUUCCGCAGCAGAGGUCGUCUAUCGUAAACCAUCUCCUUAUGUUUUUAUGUAGUUCUUUUUUCAUUUUAUGCAACGAUUCAUUAAACUUUCAACUUCUCCCACCCCUUGCUACAUUCAGCGACCUUUGAUGGUCAUCAUGGACCGGUCAUUCUUGGCUCAUUAACCAGUCACCACUGGCUCCUCUAAUUCAUUUUAUAUUGGACGUCUCAAUGCAAAUCGUGCUUACGAAGAUUUUAUGGUGCCUGUAUUCCGAUGAACACUUAUCAUGAGUGGAGACCUACACUUGUCUGGUUCGUUGUGGAGUUUGUCCAGAACUUCGAAGUGGCAGGCGGGGCGUCGGGACUUGCAGAGACUGCAGUCAAGAUCAUAAAAUGCCGAAAGUCGACGCAAAUCAGGGUUGAGCUCCCGAGCUAUCUGCACUUCACCCCAACCGCGUUUUCCCUCCUGACUUUGACUUUAUCGCACUCUCUCUGGAACCACGAAUGUUUUUAUUUCGAUGCAGUUAUUUGGGGGAUUUUGACCUCUAUCAGCUGCGGUUGUACGCACGCGACGGCAUACGAAUGGACACUGGGCGCCAGGCUGCCAUGCUUUCGGGCGUAUACCGGUGGAUUCACUGUGAUCUGCAGUGGCCAGCCUGUAUGGUUCUCCCGCCGUGGGGGUCGGGAACCUGGGUGUACGCCUGUGAAUCCGUCUAUACCGGCAACGCCUCGUUUUCCUGCCCCGCGCUCGACUUAUGCAGAGUGUGCCUCCGACCUCUCCCAGGCCUUGGAGGCAUCGGGCGUUGGGAUUCUCCCGAGUAAGGGAGAUUGGUGUGGCUCGUCUUCGUCCGUCCAGAAGCCGCUCCUUCGUUGCCAGUUCGCCGUGUCCACUAGGAUCCCCCAGAUAACUGCAUCCGCCCCGGCCUCGACGGAAUUCAAAGUGUUCGUGCUGCCCACCACACCAGACAUGAUCUUGUUCGCUUUGGUGACAAUUUCCCGUGUACACUUUUCUGUCCCAACUUUCGAAAAGUCCGUUUUCCCUCAGUACAAAAAAACAAAUUUCCUCUCUUUCCUAUUAAAGCAUUGGAAUUAUCAUGGCAGUUUGUUCAGCUCUGUAAGGCUUCGCAGUCACGCAGAUUUACAUUGAGGCUCCGUGGCCACGUGGUUGUUAGUGUGCAGUUACUAAGCCGGUUUUGAUUUCAGUGGUCCCUGAUCGCAAGACGCCGUUCUCCGAACACAGCCAUUAACAAUUCUACAUUUACUCGCCGCAAACAUUCACAGUCUAUAAUUGGUGGUUUGUACGAAGCAUUGUGUGGAACCAGUAAGGUCUUUGAGACUGAGCUUGUUUAUGGAAGUGGGAGUAGCCAUCUCGGUAGCUACAUUAUCGGGGGAGGAUUUGCAAUAACUCUUCCAGGAUCCAUCCGGACAGACCCCUUCUAUCGUUAAUAAAGCCAUGGUCCAACAGCUUUUGCUGAACAUUAGACCGUGUGUGCAAACCUGCGCACACGGUCAAAAGAAGACCAAAUCGGGCGGUCGCGUGCGCCGUAGCGUGGAAGUCCUAACAGUGCUCCCCCGUCAGCAUCUGUACGUCGUAGAUCUGGCUUCUCGUAUUGACAUGGGCACGCCGAUCUGUUCGGUGUUUUGAAUUACGCCUUGCCUUUUGAUGGCGGGGACAGUAAAUUGCACCCGACAGUUUGACCGUCGUUGUCAAUGGUGUCCACCGUAUGCUCCACAGCAGGGUGAGAGCAGGGACGGUGACUUGGGCAUGAAUUAGUUUCUAGUGAUAGUAGACUUGCGCAACAUCUACCGCACUCUCUCUUCCCCACUCCCCACCUGGACCCGGUGUCAAGACAUAGUCAAGAAAACCGGACGCAGGUUGAUGGCACGGUCGAGCCCGCACCUUGGUGCUCCACUCCAUACCCUAGUCCACACAGCAAAUGACCAGGUUUUCGACUAACAGCAACAAAAGGGGGUGGCAGGGGUCCUAGUGUGCGCGACAUCUGCCGGCAACUGCGUCUACCACCGCACACCAAAAUGUUGACGUUCGUUAUGCUGCGCAAUCCGAUAUGGCUCCCGUGUUGGUACAGAGCAUCUGACACGUGACUCGUUUAGGGGGGAGGGGCAAAAAUUGUAUCUACCAGCCAGGAGACAGGACCUUUGCUAUUUUAAAUAUCAGUAGUAUGGCGUUUAUAGGACACGGCUCAAGUAUUAGGUUACCUGACUCGAGGGUAUGCCACUUCAAAAAAGGUAGAGGACAUAGCUGACUUCAGCAGCUCAUGAGACAUGAUCAUAAAGAUCGCAGAUUAGUGGGGGUAGUGGGACAGAGCGGAACGGUACUUACCUGGUAACCUGUAUCGGCGAGCACCGACCACAUGUUUCCUGGCGGUACGAAACAGCGUGACCGUCGUCUACAAUUACCGGCUGGGCCGUACUGUUGUCAAGUCGGUGGUGCGCGGGUGUGUUCCACAGCGGCGACUGUGGCCUCACCAGGUAGUGACAUCCCGCAAUCGAAGUGCUGUCUUCUGCGCAUGCCCUCGGCUAAGACACGGACACUUCUACCCCCUCAUUUUACUGCUUGGGAUCUCUGAAGUCACUCAUUGGGCCAGUCCCUUCUUGUACUUACCCUGUUUCUUGGCAUGUUUUUGUUCCUAUAUCCACAGUUUUUGGGGGCUGGUCGGGAUGACGGUUUGUGCGCGAGUAGGCAGAAGCAUGCAUGGAUAACUCACACAAAUUGGGCUAGCAAAGUGGUCAAGAGGGGAAUUCGGAGUCUUGAGUUGCGCUGCGGACAGAGCGCGUUGAUCCCGAAGCCUGUUCUGGCCGGUAAACCGUUCUGACGUCAACCUGCGUAACACCUGUCCCAGAAAGUACAUACAUACUUUCCUCCUAUGCUACACAGAGGGCAUAUUCCAUUGCCGGAAAAGGGGACCGUAGGUUCUGGUUAUAACAGAGGUCAGCUCAUUAAAAGCAGUGACUAUUAAGCCGUUAUGUGAGUGUACGUGUGAGUCAUCAGGUUGUCUCAUGGAAGGGCCGUUUCUGGAUUGGGACUGCUGACGCCUCGUAAUCCACAGUUGCUAGGCCAAGUCUCGGUUAGUGGAAGGCAGGAUCCUGAGUUGUAAUCACGGGCGGUGUGGUGGUGACCGUUGGCGAGGCCAGGGUAUGUGUUAACCGUGAAGUCAUGCCUGAGAGAAUGCGUUUCCUAUCGACCGCUCCUAUGGGUCUGUGGAGGAGGUGAGGUCCAGGGACCUGUGUCCUAGUGGCGAUGCUCCGGUAUCAGGGCGUGGUGGUCGUCUUUUGCUCGUCGGAAUGCGUGUGCGUUCGGGUUGGUCGGUUCGGUGGCUGCUUAGCAAUCGGGCCGGUCGUCCGACAGCUGGGGAAGUACCGACUAACGUAAAAUUGGUUUGGCAGCUGUGGUGCUUAAACCAGAGGCGUGUGACCUGGAUGGUGCGACACACGCCCUUUCUAGGUGGACAGUGAAAUGGUGGCUGCUUCUACAAGGUCGCGAAAUCCGUUAAGCAGGAAGCAUGGUUUUAGGGUAAUUCCUUCGCGGAAUGAUAUUGGUUUUCGAUUGAGCGCCGUCUAACAAAUUUCCGUGGAUUAUACGUGAGUGAAAAUUACUACUUGCUGAGUUCGGCUAUUGAUCACUGUUAUUCGAUUCCCGUAUCAGUUUAGUCAUGUAGAAGUGGUGAACAGAGCAUUCGUUUGCUAUGAGAACUUUAUUGGGAAAUAAGCGGGUGAUUCCAGUGCUAUUUCAACCUCCUUUCCUCAUAGGGAACUAUGUCUUCCGCCUUCAAUUUUCUCAAUGGAAUGCAGAAGGGAAAUUUAUUUUGUCUCUGUGAUGAUGUGGUUUGGGGUUCGGUCGUACAGACGCGUUGCGCCGCUGGCGAAAGACAAAAACUGGCAUGUGUUACUCUGUCUUCCUGAGUGCUAAUUUACCGCCGUUGGAGCGUACCGUGCGUGUUAUGCGGAUAUUCAUGUUACGUCCGUCACUGUGUUCAAUCCCAUCGUCAGUCAGUCCGGGUCCGGGUUUCGAACCCGAAAUGGGUCAUGAGUUUAACUUCGCAGCCACCAGGAUAGUCGCCUACGCCGGAGGCAACAUAGGCCGAUGAGAGCUCAACCAAUCGAUUUAUCGAUCUGGCGCUCGCGUGCGGAGACCCGUGCAGUCGCCUCCAGUCUUGCGUUUCCGAUCGAUGAUCGGCUGGCACGCCCUGUAACUGGUACUCGUUCGUGGUCAGAGAUAGUAGCAACUAUGGUAGAGGGGCACUCACCGAUCGUCUUUACGGAAAUCACUCGCCCCGCUGUGCCUUAGGAUUCUCUCUCGAGUCCAAACGGCAGCCGCACAGCGGCGCAUGAUAUAGGCAGAAUGGUAUUAAUGACAAAGACAAGGGAGACUGAAAUGGCCAUUUCUGGCUAGCACGCCCUAUAAUUGUUGCUCGUUAAUUGUCAGAGAUAGUUGCAACUAUCUCUGACGAUGGGCUUCUGCAUAAGUUCGAAAGCCCAGAACAAUAAACAGACUAUUCCGGUGCUCGAUCAGUCUUUUCCUUCUCUUAUACAUACACCUGAAAUCCGAACUCACCUCCAUUCUCGAGAGAGAUGGCGGGGUCAGUUCUGAGACGCGCUUCCCCACACUGGCCUGUAUACUACAUCUGACGUCUUGGGGACUAUCAAAACACGCCCUAAUAUCGUGACUUCGAAUACGUCAAAAUGAAGAAAUAACCGGCUCCUCUUGGGAAGUCAGACUACAUUGGUUCAUUCCUUGUGCUACCUUUAUGUCAGCCCCAAUAUCCUCUCUGUUUCAGAGGAAUCCCAGUUCUCAGGGAUUUGUCGAUCAGGUCUCGUGUGCAGGUGCAAGAUUUAAUCUCGCUCGUGAAAGUGAAACUUGUCAUACUUUGUGGAAGGAAUCACACACUUUGCCUAUUCCCAAGCAUGGUCAGUCUGCGUCAUUUGAUGACGUUCGGCCGAUAAAUACCCUCCUUGUAAUUUUGGCAAUCUUAGAGACAUUGACCAAAGAUAAGAUGAUGUGCCACUUAACAGAGAGUAACCAAUUGAGUGCUGCCCAGCAUGGAUUCCUCAAACUCGGUCUUGUGACAUUUGUCAGCUCUCUUUCUUUGAUCAUGUUCUCCAAUCUAGGGACAAUGGCUUUGCACUUUAUACAGUGCAUUUCGAUUUCACUAAGGAUUUUGAUCGUGUUAACCAUGCUCUUUUUCUCUUGAAACUGUCCUCUUUCGGCAUAGGUGUCAAACCUCUGAAUUUUAUAUCCUCUUACCUGGGUGCUCGUACACAACGAGUUAAGCUUUCCAAUGCUAUCUCCAACCCCACAUGUGUGAGGAGUGGAGGCAUUCAGGACAGUGUACUCGGCCCGCUAUUAUUUUGCCUUUUUGUUAACGAUGUACCAGAAUUAUUUCAGAAUGGUAAGCCCUUCAUGUAUACUGAUGAUCUGAAAGCUGCAUACAGGUAUAAGCCGGCAGAUCGUGACAUCGUGCUCGAGCUCCUAAAGAGCGACCUGCAUACCUUUGUCCAGUGAGGUCGCACAUGGCGCCUUUCUCUUUCUUGGCAUAAAUGCUCAGUCAUAGUGGUCGGCGACGACCGCCAACCUCAACUAAGUAUUGUCGGUCACGGUACCUGGAAUUAUUAAGGAUUUGGGUGUAUCAUACUCCAAGAGUCUCAAUCUUUCGGGCACUGCGCCCUGAUAGUCUCCAGGUAAGGAUCUAGUGAACGCUCUAAGUAUCGCCAACUGGCCACAGCCGCCUGUCUUACGGGAAUGGUAGUAAUAGCUAUUUUACGAGUGGGUUUAUCCUCCCAAGUGUCCAAACUAACGAUAUUUAAAUGCGCCUUUACAAAGUGCACGUCAGACCUGGCCUGGAAUACUGUUCGUUUCUAUUUAGCCCCAUGCCUGCUGCUGAGUGCAAGAAAACAGAGUCCAUCCAACACUUUUUUUACCAAGACAGUUUUGACCUUAGACCGCCAAUACUUAACCUGCCAGGAGCGUCGCGAACUUACAAACCUUGAUAUCUCGUGGUAUCGUCGUUUGCGAAAGGGACUAUUUUUGAUGUCUAAGCUCUUAAUCAAUCUUACUUUUAACUCGCCUGCUACCUUAAAACCACUGGAUUAUCCCCAAUGCAAUAGUCACCGUGUGGUCUUUUUAUUUCAACAUCAGCGUCGUCGUCAUCACCACCACCACCACCACCACCACCACCACCACCACCACCACCACCACCACCACCACCACCACCACCACCACCACCACCACCACCACCACCACCAUCAUCAUCUUCUUCUUCUUUUUCUUCUGAUCCGUUCCGUUAA